CACUGGUCCGGUGCCGCAGAUUCAACGGUUGCAACGCCCUCUCUUCUCUCCCUCCCACUCCUCGGUCAAUCCACCCCUUUGGUCUCCCACUCCUCGGCUCUCUUAAACAGACCCCGGAGAACAAAAUCUAAUAGACAGCUUCUCAGCCUUCUCUUCAUUCACCCAGUUUGUGGGCUGGAGAUUGUUCGAAGGAAGGUGGCGAUGGAUGGAAAUUUCACUCUGACCGAGCAAAUUCUUUGGCCAGUAUCGAUCUUCUCUGGCAUCAUCAUGUGCAAGAUCGUAUAUGAAAUUACUUGUCAGAUCAGCUCGAGGUGCUUUAAGGCAUACAGCAAGCUAAGCAAAUUACAAAAAAUCGAGUGGAACAAUAGGGGUUUUUCCACAUUUCAUGCAGUGCUUGCUGCAGCAGCUUCUUUCUAUCUGUUAGUGAUAUCAGACCUUUUCGAGGAUGGUGCUAGUGAAGAGCUAAUGAUAAACAGAAAAUCAGUGCUAUCUGACACCAUGCUUGGAAUUUCUCUGGGUUAUUUUCUCUCAGACAUGGCAAUGAUUCUACAGUUUUUCCCUUCUUUAGGUGGCAAGGAAUACGUCUUGCAUCAUGGGCUCUCGAUGUAUUCAAUUUUUUUUUCUCUGAUACUUGGCAAAGCACAUGUUUACAUUCUCAUGGUUUUGUUUUCUGAAGCUACAACUCCCUUUGUAAAUGUUAGAUGGUAUUUGGAUACCGCUGGGCAGAAAAGUUCUAACAUGUACAUUUACAAUGGCAUGGCCUUGUUCCUCGGAUGGCUGGUUGCCAGGAUCCUUCUCUUCAUUUAUUUCUUCAUCCACAUGUAUCUCCAUUUUGAUCAGGUGAAGACAAUAUUUCCCCUUGGGCGCUACAGUUUGGGGACUGUACCACCAAUGCUGGCAUUAAUGAAUGUAUUUUGGUUUUGGAAAAUAUUCAAAGGCAUGAUGAAGACCCUGUCUAAAAAGAGACACACAAAAUGAUGGUAGCAUUGCCUCUCUCCUUUCAAAACUCCAUUCUCCUCCCAUUUGGUGUUUGUUCUGUUGCAUUUGCUCAUUGUACUGGUCCAAUUCUCUCCACUUUGGGGAGCCCAUGUACCUUAUAAAGCUAUCAACCUCAUCUCAGAAGUCUCAGGAAGGAUACAGUGACAGAUGAUUUGAGGGAAGCUUUUGGAAGACUACGAAAUUUGCACCACUUUCUGUAAAGUUGAUGAAUGGUAGAGGCAUUGAUUCGCUUGUCUUAGGAUUUGUGAUCCUUGAUUGGCCUUUAUAUGUCAGAUAAACCUGAGAAAAUUCCAUCAUAAUGAAGCUGAUUGGGUGCUGCACAACCAAUUAA